GCCGCCAUGGCGACCCCCGCCCAAGCUGUGGGGGCAAGUCGGCACUUGCUCCCAAAUCUACGCUCCACGUGGGUCCACUGCACUAGACGCUGACUCAUCGCUCAGUUUAGAUUUUGUGUGCUCCCGUUUUCCGUACAGUGACUCAGAGAUGGCUACAUUCGUGGAUUCAAACGGUAAAAUACACAGCUGUGAGCUAUGUCUCAAGUAUCCGGAAACCCCCGAGUGUGUGGAGCAAUGCCCAACUUCUCAGGACCCCCCGAACGCGGGUGGAGCGAGCCCGACCCUGGUGCUAGCUGUGGGGCUGCCCGUGGCUGUGAUGCUGGUGCUGCUGUUAGUGUUAGCCGCCCUGUGGUGGUACAAGAAGAAACACGUCCCUCCCCAUCCCGACAACGUGGAGGCACCCGUACAGGAACAAGCUGACCUCCUCACCAAACCCAAAUACAUGGUCAACCACGCAAAUACACAGACACAUGAGCCAGUUGACGCUGAACAGCGCCCCCUGGCGGGUCUCGAGCCAGUGGAGGAUGACUACCUGCCGAUCCGAGAGACGGCUGAGGGAACGUCCAUUAAUGCCUCUUCUCAUACUUUCACCUAAAUGUGUCCGUUUGGGGGUGAAUCGAGGAGGGAGUUGUCCAAAAUGGGAAAGCAAACAGUAGUCUGAACCAAAGGUCAAAGAUUUUACAGUGCAUUCCCUAUAUGGCAUGCUGGUUUCUGCCAUUUUACUCCCCGAAAUUUUCGGAUCAGUAUUUUUUUGGCGACAGCUUCCCCUGUUCACCACCUUAAACAUUUUAACAUCGUUCGUUGUGCAACUGCAGUUUCUUUUUAUAUAUAUAAUACCAGCUAAGUAUUAGUUAACCUGCUCAGAGCAGGGUACGAUAAGCUGCAUGCAUGUGAUGUAGGAACUUUAGUUUACUACUGCAUAGUAUUAACAGGUACGGUGCUCCGCUUGCAUGUUGUUCGGUUGCUGGUAGAAGAAACCUUGUCUGUAUGCAAAGUUUUCCUCAAACGUUAUGCAAACAGGCUCCACGCAGAGUAUACAGCACAUUCAAAUCUUGUAUUACUUUAGCUUUCUAUCUCUCCAAGCUGCCGCUCUGGAAAUAGUUUGUGGAAAACUGUGAACUGAUUUAUUUUUGCCUUUUGAGAUGCUGCCAUAUCAAUUCUAUGUUGCCAUAUUAA